GGGACUAAGGGUUUUUAGUGAGACUACGUAGUAUCAAGCGAGAAAAGUUUGAUUCGGAAGAAAUUGGUGUGGUUUUUUUGAUUUUAGAAUUCAGUUUGAAAUAAAAAAGCCCAUAGACUCGGAAUUAUAAGGGAGAACAAGCUGAUUUCAUUUUUUGAAAUCAGCUUGACAUCACGUGAAAUCGCAUGAACUCAUUAGCAACCAUUGCUGUUGUAUAUUUAUCAAAUUUACGGAUUUUUUUAUAUUCAAUGAAAGAACAACAAGAGUAUCAAGUUCUAAUAUGGUUUUUCUUGACUUUAUCGAAAAAACGAAUACUGUUAACGAUAAGUGCUGAGACUAUUAUUCAUCAUAUGCAGAUUAUAGCCAUUUUACAUUGAAAUUCAUAAUUCUAUCAAAUGACUCAUGAAGUAGUUGAUGGAAAUGGUUCUAUACACGAACAAGCGACCACAAACUGAUUCCUUGAUUUCCUUGAUUUCUCCGAUUUGUAGUGAUUUCGAUCACUGGCAAUCAGUUAUUAUCUGUUCACCGCGAAUCAAGAGGAAUCAUAGAAAGCAGGGUUGUCGAUUGUUUUGAAAAGUGGGCGGGGCUAAAAAUUGGACAGAAAGUGCCUCAUCUGACUUUCCGACAGCAACUGAACAAAUAAUGCUGAAUACGUCGAGUUUUUGCGAGAUUUUGUUGAAAGAAAGUGUUUUUAUUCGACUUUUUGCCAGAAAAAUGGUGAAUAGUUCUUAAAAAACCAAGCGUCUGCCAUAAUUUAGCAGGAGAUUUUUUAAAAUGUGGUAGAAACUAUUAGAAAUUUUGGCAAAAUCGAAGAUGUUUUCAAUUUUUCGCGGGAGUGGAUCGCCUCCCUCCCCCUCCUCUAAUCGGCAAGCUUGACAGGAAGUACUUAGAAAUGAAGAAAAACCUUGCGCGAUCAUUGUAAAUCAGGAUUAAUGACUAGGAAUAUUGGCAAUUAUCCAACGGCAAGAAAAAUCAAUGAAAAUGAUUAGAAAUCAGCGCUUUACUUUCAACAUUAUUAAUGAAGGUUUUCUAUGAUUUAUAGCGAUUUCCACUGAUUUCUAAUAAGUUCCCAUAGCUCCUAAUGGCUUUUGAUGGUUCCUGAUAGAUCUAACCACUUUGAGUCAUUAUUCGUAUUUUUAAAACGUUAAAAUGAUUUCGGAUGACUUUCCACAUUUCCAGUGAUUUCCAUUGAUUUCUAACCUUGGAAAGAGUUUGUGUCUCGUUGUACACGAGUAAAAUGUGAUUGGAUAUCCUUCGGUCAUCGUUCAACCUCACCAUCUAGGAAUUUAUUGUCUACUAUUUCAUUUUUGGUGUUCUCUUUCUCAUUUAAUGCACCAAAGAACAGACAUUUUCGUUUCUGCUUCUUACUAUCUUCGUCGUUCUUAACGAACCCUUUUCCUUUUGUCGGUUCAUUUUCUCUAGAUUUCUUGAUUUUCGUUGCCCAUGUGAAAGAUGUACGACGGGAAACAACAAUUUGCGGAGAAUUUCUAGCAAGAUUCUGAGGUUGCAUUCCUAAAUCAGUUCCGACUUAGUUUCCACCAAUUUCUGCAUCUGGAAGCGAUAUUCGGAUACGAUCACUUGUUUCCAAAUGAUAUUGUUCUCUAUGGUUCGCGUGUUUUAAUCAAGACGACAAGAUAUGUUUCAUAUACUGACGCUUCUGGCCCGAUUGUGUAGCAGGGACUUGAUCGUUUUAUGAUCGGCUGUAGAGUGCGGAUCUGGCGAUGGGAUAUGAUGGUAGAUUGCUGUCCAUAACCUAUUCCUUUUAGCAUUAUGGUGACAUUAGCUUUCAUUUCAUAAAUCAGUGAUUCUUAUCGAAAGCAAAUCUCCUUUCCUGAUGGUUUUCUUGUGUCUUUUUCGUGUAAAAAUACUAGCAAAACUAAUCAAAGAAAAGAUUAUAAUCGAUUACAAGUGUAUAAUAAGUCCUUAAAAAUCAUAUUAUAAUUCACUUUUCUGAACGGAUCAUUGUGUCAAAAAACGAUGACAUUUUUUACACGCAGACAUUUACCGCACAAUUUAAUUAUAUCUGCACAUGAAGGUUCGAUUGAAUUCAAUUCAGAAUGAGUCUUGUGCAGAGAGACACAAAGUAACACCCUUGACAAAGCAGUGAAAUAUUCAUAAUAAUACAUCCGUAAUGUCAUCCUCACAAAAGAUCUUCAAAGUCACCGAAACGCUAACACUAGAACACCUGUUAGUACGUAGGUGCGCCUGGUACAUAUGAGCAUUAAAAACGUAGGAAUCGCAAUCUAUGUAGGUAAUAUUCGAAAAGACUUAGUUUUUAUUUAUUCCAACGAAAAAAUAACUGGAAAGCAUCGUGUCAUUAACAGUCACAAAUCUACUGUGAUCCAUCUCACAGCAGACUAGCAGGACUAUUAACUAACGUACGGUCUUCAUCCUAUAUUCAUGACCACAAACUACACUAAAGUUCAUUCUAAUCGCAGCGCAGGUAGCAGUAAAAUAAACAUGAAUUGAAAAUCAAAGUUCCACCAAAACAGUCAAACAUGAAAAUUAAUGAUAAUUGUGUAGAUACUGGCAGCCACAACUAUAGUUACUUUGUACACCUAUACGGGUAAGCGACAAGUAGAAAUUAAAAAUUCUCAGAAAUCAACAUCAUUAAAAAAAAUUCAAAUAUUUAUCGAACAAUUUCAAAGCCGAACACAACACCAUCCAGGCCUUUGAAAAACAGCGGAGUAAAAGCGGUUGCUACGAAUGUGAGUGUAACUUCGGAUCAAGACAACACACCCACUCAUACUCACACCUACCGCAAGAUAAUCGCACCUAAACACCCCUCCCCCCACCAUGCUACACCAAGAGUUUGCAUCAAAACUCUCGGGCACAACAUAAUUUUCUAAUAAAAAUAUGUUUCUAAGUAGUCUCUCAAGCUGUAACCUUACAUAUGGCAAUUUCUAUCGACCAAAGUCUAUCGAAACCCGAGAAAAGCUGUAGAAUAUAACUUUCCCAUGAUACUUGAUUAAGAGUCUACUCCUUGUACUCCAAUCACAAGUAAUGUAGGAAAACAUUAUUAAAGAUCAUUUUCUAUUCAUAUAGCUAUUUGACUCUGAAAACAGUAUUCAACUCACGUAUUUGGCCGAAAAAUAUUUUCAAAGAUGUUUUUCCAGUGAUUACUCGAUUUUCAAUAUAUUUUUGAGGCUGAAAUACGUGUUUCAAUGGAAAAAGAUCCUUAAAGGUAUCUUUCUGAUACGAUUUAUUUUCGAUAUGUUUUCUUGAAAAUGAGAUCUGAUUCCGAUAUUGUUCCACGAGGAUACGACUAAGUCCGAUGAGGUUGCGACGGGUUCUUCUAGUUCCCCUCCAGAUCCAGUAUAGUUACGUGAUUCUUUCAGUAAAGGAAAAUGUUCAGAAAUGACCGGCUUUGGUACUGUUGUUUUCCAGUGUGAAUGCUGCUUCCAUCUUUCAGGUAUUGUCCGAAAGGAAUUACAUUGAAACCGGUCGGACUUGACUGAAAAUGGAUCGUUUUCGACGGGUUUCUGCUGUAUUCGAGCACCAGGAUCGUCGAUCUGGGUUGCUUUAUCAAGAUUUUUUCCAGUGAAAUUCAUAAACUCGUUUAAUUGUUUUCUAAUUACGCUACUACCGAUAGACAGACGAAGCACCUUUCAUUAAUAUGACGAAAAAUAAAUGCUGCAAUUGUUUAUAGAAAUCACUUGAAAUCAUUUGAAAUCGCCGAAAUCACGAAAUCAGUUUGUUCCCCCUUGCUGGAAUUAUUUUCAAGAAAUAUUCAUUGGAAAAAAGGGACAUUAUCAAAUUUUCUUGAAUAGUCGUGAUAAUUAUUAAUGAUACCUUUGCUAUCAAGAUUUUUGUAACACAUGAAAAAGGUUUCGACGACGAUGAAAUGAAGAUAAAACUCGAGUGUAAAUGCGAUGAUUGAAAUGUUAUUCAUUGUUCAAUAAACCCACUUAGGUUUUUCUUCAAACAAAAUACUUAAGCAACCUGAUUACCAUUGAGUCAUUGUUCGAUUCGAGUAGUGUAUAAAACUGUUCUUUCUCUGUCUCCCUCUGUUGGUCAAAGUUCUCUAUGUAAAAUUCUGCUUUUCAUUAGCGUACAUUAGUCUCAUAUCAAUAGACGAAACCGUGUUUUGUUUCAGAAUUAUUUCUGCACAAUGCUAAUCUGAAUGCGAAUACAAAUUGGUUACAGAGUGGAUUUACUGUAGCUGGAGGAAAUGGACUUGGCAACAAGAUGAAUCAACUCUACUAUCCACGUGGAUUGUACGUUGACGAUGAUCGAACUGUUUACAUUGCUGACUGCUCUAAUCAUCGUAUAAUGGAAUGGAAAUAUGAUGCGACGAUUGGUCGAAUUGUAGCCGGUGGAAAUGGAUACGGAAACCACCCUGAUCAGUUAAACGGUCCAACAGAUAUAAGUAUUGAUAAAGAAAGAGAUAGUCUCAUUAUUUGUGACUACAGAAAUAAAAGAGUAGUUCGAUGGCCUCGUCAAAAUGGUACAAAUGGAGAAAAAAUCAUCACAAAUGUUGGAUGUUACGGAUUGGCAAUCGACGAUGAUGGAUUUCUUUAUGUUGUUGAUUACGAUAAUCAUGAAGUUAGACGAUAUCGGAUCGGAGAGGGUCAAGGAACAGUGGUUGCUGGUGGAAAUGGGCAAGGGAAUCGCCUCGAUCAGUUGAAUAAUCCGACAUACGUAUUCGUCGAUCGAGAUCACUCCGUGUACGUAUCAGAAAACGGUAAUCAUCGUGUAACAAAGUGGGUGAAAGAUGCGAAGGAAGGCAUUGUUGUGGCUGGCAAUCAAGGUCAAGGAAAUAGUCUUGGACAAUUAUCAAAUCCUAGUGGAAUUUUCAUGGAUCAGUCAGGUAGUGUCUAUGUGGCUGACCGUGGCAAUCAUCGAAUAAUACGUUGGUCUCAGGGAGCCACACAGGGAAGCAUCAUCGCUGGUGCUAAUAAGCAUGGAAGUCAAUCGGAUCAACUCAAUUGCCCCAUUGGUUUGUCAUUCGAUCGAGACGGUAAUCUUUACGCAAGUGACAAUGAGAAUCACCGAGUACAAAAGUUCCACAUUCUUCAAAGUUGA